ACAUAAACAAAAUUGAUUGCAACGGGGUUUCCAGCGCACACUGCCGCGGCUGAACAACAAAUAACCAUGUCCGCAAUAUACGAAGCGGCCGCCACAAUUAAACCAAAAACUCCCGACGAAGAGGAAGUGCUGAAAAACCUUUGGUCGAUCCGGCCGUGUUACUUAUAUAAUGAAGAGUACGAGGACUGCACCAGCGUUAAGGCCCGGUUCCACCAGUACUUCAUACACGGCGAAUCGAUCGACUGCAACCAGUGGAAGCGUGAUUUCGACAGCUGCGUGCGGUUCGAGAAGAACGCAACGGACACGAAAAGCGCGCUCGAGCUAAUACGCAGCGAGCAGAAGCGGCGCGAAGAGCGGAUGCGCGCCCACUACGGCAACAACGUGUGGACGAAGCGGACGGCACCGCCGCAGGAUUGGGCCAAACCACUGCCGGAGCACAUGCAGAAGGAGUACGAAGGGUCGUUCCUCGCGUCGAAAGCCAAAGAGCUGCGGGAAGGACCGCAAACGCCCGAGGUGGAAAGCAGCUCGUCGUGCGCUAUCAUGUGACAAGAAGGCGCCGUUACAUGUGGCGGGCGAAAGUUUAAA